AUGGAUGCUAUUGUGAUAUCGAAAUUCGGUGGCCCGGAGGUCCUCGAGGCACGCAAGGUCCCAAAGCCCGUCCCAGGUCCCGAGGAAGUUCUAAUACACGUGGCAGCAUUUGGCCUCAACCAUGCGGAAAUGCACAUGCGAAAAGGGGAAUGGGAUGAGUGGAACCCCAUCACUGGCCUUGAAUGCGUGGGUGUUGUCGAGUCUUGCCCGAAUGGCGCCAUUCCUGCUGGCACCAAAGUUAUCGGUGUGAUGGGCGGAAUGGGACGAACCCGUCCCGGCAGCUACGGCGAGUUCGUGGCUGUCCCAAUAUCAAAUGUUGUGCCCAUUGAGACUACAUUGCCCUGGGAAGAUCUUGCUGCUAUCCCAGAGGUAUACUCAGCCGCAUACUCGUUUGGACAAGCAGCUCUGAAUUUGGCUGCUGAUGCGGGGGCCAAAGUCACAGCAACUACAAGACGUCAAGAGAGACGUGGCAUGCUGGAACAAAUGGGAGCAGCUGAUGUAAAAUUGGAGCGAGCUGAGUUAUAUCGCCAGCUUUCUGGUGGGUUUAAAUUCGACAAAGUUUUGAAUUUGGUCGGCAACAGCGUGCUGCUCGAGUCAAUUGCAUUGGUGCGAACUGGAGGUUGCAUGUUGCAGGCUGGGUGGCUUGGUGGUCUAGCACCUUUGAAAGAAUUCAAUCCAAUGAUUGAGAUGGAGCCUGGUAUCCAUUUCAGCCUUUUUCACAGUAAAGUGUUAGGGUCUGCUGAAUUUCCGAUGUCGGCCGUGCCUCUGCAGGAGAUUGUGAGUAAAAUCCAGAACGGGGGUUGGAAUGCAAAGCCAACGCAUGUAUUCGACCAUCAUGAUAUCAAAAAAGCACAUGAAGUGCUUGACUCUCAUGAGGCGGGAGGCAAGGUUGUUAUCAGACGCUGA